AUUGAAGAAAAUUCACCUAAACAGGAAGCUGGAGUUGGAGAAGGUCAAGGAACUGCAGGAGAAGAAGAGGAGAAGAAGAAGCAAAAGAGAGGUGGAAGAGGUCAGAUAAAACAGAAAAAGAAGACUGUACCGCAGAAAGUUACGAUAGCUAAAAUUCCUCGAGCGAAGAAAAAAUAUGUCACAAGAGUAUGUGGCCUUGCAACAUUUGAAAUUGAUCUUAAGGAAGCACAAAGGUUUUUUGCUCAGAAAUUCUCCUGCGGUGCCUCAGUAACGGGAGAAGACGAAAUCAUCAUUCAGGGGGAUUUUACAGAUGACAUUAUCGAUGUAAUCCAGGAGAAGUGGCCUGAGGUGGAUGAUGAUAGCAUUGAAGAUCUUGGAGAAGUCAAGAAGUGAUAGUGAAAGACUACCUUUAUUUAAUUAUAUGGUUAUAAAUGAUGUAGCCAAAGUGAGGCUUCUAAAUCGGUUUGCUCUGCAGUGAAACUGUGGAGAACCUGGAUCCUUGGCAUUUUCACUGUUCUGUAUAGGCUGCUUGUUUGUUUGUUUUUUUAUUUUGGUUGUGAUAUUUGCCAAAGUUAAAUUGGGGUUUUAUCAUGCUUACGCAUGAAGUAGGUUUAAUAAAAUUACUGUUCCUCACUGAA